CACUUGGGUCACAGAGCAGACAGAGAACCUCCACACCUUCACUGAAGACUUUCAGCAUAUCCAGUAGGAAAAAAGAAGCCAUGGAUUCACAAAUUGCAAUGAAAACUCAAAGCCUCACCACAGCCAAGGAGAUGAGGAACCAAACCAAGCUUGUGAUGCAGCCGUACGCCAACUGGGAAGAGUAUCUGACUCCUGCUCCUCUCUCCAUAGCCAUCCUGGGAGAGCUGGUCUUCAUCUCCUCCAAAAGAGAUUUCUCCAUCAACAAGAACCCACCUAAAGAUGGCUACAAGUUCAUCAGAUACCCAGAGUCAUUUCGUGCCUGCCUCAUGCAGGUGUGUAACUCAGGCUGGUGGGCUUUCAGCGAGGCCCAUAAGAACAUGGAUCAGAUUAGACUUUACACCAUGGCAGUUCCUGAUUACAUGAAGACAGCUGUGAAGAUCCUGUUCCAAGGCAGUGAUGAGGUUCUUGAAGCUCACCUCCCUGACCAGCUGGAGAACAUCCGUGUUGUUGCAGAUGACUGUCUUAAGCUGGCCAAUUCAACAGAAAAACGGUUCACUGAUGUCAUCAACAUUAUCCAAGAACUGCUGGAAGCAUGUGUAAAUGCUGAGCACAUUUAUGGAGAGGAGCUGGAGGAAAUCAAGAGGAAACUGAAGGAAGCCAAUCUGAGAAAACAGUCAUCAGAAGUAGCAGCUAAACGCUCAGAGAAGGUACUGAAGGAUCUGGAAAAGCAGCUAAAUGAAGCACAAGAAAGUUACAGCAAAGCAAUGGAUUCACUGCCCAGUGGAUGGGAAAUGAUAGGAAUGGAUUUUGCUGAAGGCAUAACUGAGGGCAUCACAACUUUUAUUAAUGGAAUAGUAUCGAUGGGAUCUGACAUGUUAACACAGAAUUUUCUUAAAAGAAUACUGUUGAAAAGUCCAGAACCUGAAGCUGAUUGCUUUGAUGAAAUUACUAUUUAUAGUAAAUCUGCAGAAAUUCUGAAAUGCACAGAGAAAAUUCAAGAGUUUGUGAUUGAAAACACAAUUAACUGGAAAGAUUUGUAUGAUCAAAAACACAAAACUACAAAGACAAAUUUUCAGGCAGUUCAGUUCAAACGAAUCUGGGAGAGUUUAAAAAUAUGCCAAAACUGCACAGCAAAAGAGGAAGCUCAAAACAUCUGUACCAAAGGCAUCGAGAUCUGUGAAGAACUAGCAAAGUACGCACCAGAACAGAAAUGUGAAGAAGUCAAAACAAAUGAGUUGAUUAAACUGAUCAGAAACCUGAAUGAAUCAGCUCGUAAGUUUGACAGCAAAAGUAAAUCUGUCACAAAUUCUCCUGCUCUGACUCCAAAACCACCAAUGAUGUAUAAAGAAGAAAGUAAAUCUGGGAAGGUGAGAAAAGAAAGGGCAUCAGAUAAUGCCAGGUUCCGCAUAGAGCAGAGCCGCACUCAACUGGACAAGACCAGAGAGAUGUAUGAGAAGAGUGUAGAGAACAUGGAGAAGAACCAAAAGGAGCUGACUGACAUCCUGAUCACCAUGAGGAAGUGUGAGAUCAAAGAGAUAGACUUUAACACCACUAUAAAAAUGUUGGUUAAGGGUAUGGAUGCCAUGGGGAGAGUGAAGGAGCAGUGGGAGAAGAUGGUGCGCUUCUUUCAGAUGGUGUCCAACAUUGUGAAAAUCAGUCUGACCAGAACCCUUAAAAAUUUUGUAUCCACAUCUCAGAAGACACAGAAGCUUUCCUACAACGCAAAGCUCUUCUCCAAAGAUCUGCUCUACAAUCAAGCCUUUCAAGCCAUUAACAUCGCCAGCCUUGUCAACAUGAUCUCUACAACCUACACUGAGGUGUCCACCAAGCACCUCAUGGAUCGUGUCAGCACUCUGGGAAAACUGAUGGCCAUGGACAAGGCAAAGCCAGAGUUUCAGUUUGAGGUUGAUCAGUUAUGGAUCACCUGUGAUGAGGCUCAGAAAGCCAUCUUAGUCCUUGUCCAAAAGAACAAGAAGGAGUUUGAAAAGAAGAGUUUUGCAAGACUGGAGAAGAUUGAUAAAGAGUUGCUCGCCAUUCUCCCUGCUGCUGCUCCAGAAGAGAUAAAGAGCAUUCAAGCAGCUGUUAAAAGUGGAUUCACAGAAGAAGAUGAAUCAGCCUACGCCUGAGUGAAUAAACAAAAGUUAUUCUCUACAAUUAUAUCCAAUAAAGCUCCUAAAGUAUAAAACAAGUGCCUUAAACUGUAAUUAGCACAGUGUUUGUAUUCAAGCUUCUUCUCACAUGUGUUCAUAAAUAUCAUGUGAGCAUCAUAUCAUUCAUUUUUGUCACUUUUAAUUAACUUGUUUUUUCUAAUUACAUUUACAUUACAAAUAUUAUACACACGUAAUAUUCUUGUGUGUGUUAAUAUAUAUGUAUGUAUUAAUGCUCUGUCUUAACAGCAAAGUGACGAAUUUAUUCUGCACUUCAAACUAUUCUCUAAUACACAAUAUAACGUAUAUCUUUUUCCAUUAGCUUUGCAUUUAACAAAAAUUAAGAUUUCUUACUUAUGUGUAUUAUUUAGUACUCAGUAGUUUACUUAAGUGAUAAAUUUCUAAAAUGAUAAAAGUUGUUUACUUCACCUCCUUCUUCAGGUUUACAAUUAUAAAGACUAAACUCUUAUAAAUGGAUGUGUUUUUAUUAUUUUUUCAGUGUUAGUGUUGAUGUUAAAUUGGUCCUCUAUCACUGUACCAACCCAAAUGUACCAGAAAAAUCUACUAGAAGAUUCUGACAUAAAAUAAUUGCCUUACAAUUUGGAUUUGUUUGUUUGCACUUUUGCCAGAAUAAACGCUCUC